AUGCAGGUACUACACAGCGUUUAUUUCUGCUGGGAAACGGGAAAAGACCAAUCAAAAAUAAGGAUACUAGCAUGUGGAGCGGCUAUCUAGAAGAGCCUAGUUGCUACAGCAUCGUCCUUAGUGUCUUACCAGGCAAGAAAGAUGGAGGAAAUAGAAGAAUCUCCUCCCGUUUCUGAAGACCUGGUGCCCUGCAAAAUAUGUGGAAGAAGUUUUUUUUCAAGGGUGCUCAAAAAACACGUGCCGAUCUGCCAGAAGACAGUGGCAAAGAGAAGGAAGGUGUUUGACUCCAGCAGGCAAAGGGCUGAGGGGACCGAUAUUUCUACAGUCAAACCCAUAAAACCAAAGUUACAAAGUUCUUCCAGCAGCUCUAAGUCUGAUAAACCGGAACCUCCCAAGAAACAGUCCAAUUGGCGUAGAAAGCAUGAAGAAUUCAUUGCUACCAUUCGCGCUGCCAAAGGCUUAAAUCAAGUCAUGAAAGAUGGUGGACCCCUUCCUCCACCCCCUCCUCCAUCCUAUGAUCCAGAUUAUAUCCAGUGUCCCUAUUGCCAGCGACGCUUCAGUGAGAAUGCAGCAGAUCGCCACAUCAAGUUCUGUAAGGAGCAAGCAUCCAGAAUCUCCAACAAGAGCAAGCUUCCUGGAAGUGAUAAAGCCAAACCCCCAGCCAGGACUCUGUACAAACCUCCUCCACCAAAGAAGGCAAACUCUCCUGCUGUAUCCACCGUGUCCUCUCGUCUACCUCAGCGCUCAGCCUAUGGGCAGGGUGCUGGCACAGGGAUUCCUAGCAGCAAAAUCUCAUCCACUGGCUCAGUGAGGAACGUAACAUCGGGAUAUGCUCCGUUACGAAACGCCUCAUCCGACUUGACCAGCUCUCCCUCGGAAGGGAACAUGAAACCCAAGGGCAUGGCUUUGCAAAGCUCCCUGAGAAGUCCGCCUUCUGGUAUAGGAAUGAACAAGAAGAAGGUCCAAAAUGCAGAUAACUGUAUUUCAAGGAAUGAGGUGAAAAAUGAAAAUGACAACAAUUACUCCACAACAGGUGCCAAGUUUUGCCAUGAGUGUGGGACCAAGUACCCUGUGGACUGGGCCAAGUUUUGCUGUGAGUGUGGAGUGAAACGAAUGAUCAUUUAAAUAGUACAAAAGAUAGAAAGACUGAGUCACUGUAGCUGCAAAGAACUUUUCCUUUCCAACUCAUUUAGUGUACUUCAAAAAAAAUCAUUGUGCUGUACAAAACUUUCACUUGUAAUCUGCCUCUAUUUCUAUAGACUGAACCCCAUCCCACCCUUCUGUUCAUUUUCUUUUUAUAUAUAUAUGAAAGUGCAAUAUGAUUGGUUACUGCUACAAAAAUAAUAUGAUUAAAAUGUUUAAAUUGACUUCAAUUGAUCUAGGCCUUAAAAUGGGACCAUAUCAAAUUGCAACCAUUCUGAUGUUAACAGAGCAAUAUUUUAUUGUAGUGUUAUUUAUUUUUAUUAAACUUUUUAGGUUAAAUGUUUGUUCAUUCCAUUUACUUUAGUUCUUUCGCGGAGCAAUCCAGUUUUGUAUUUCUUUGUUUUUAUACGUUCUUGAUUGUUUUGUGUUUUUAACAGUAUUCAACAUGAAAAUAUCUUGUAAGAAAUUGUCGUCGUUGUAUAUUUAUUAGACAUAAAAUCCAUCACAUCUGUUCAACCUCGGUUGAUCUAACGUCUUCAGCAUAUUCACACAUUAACAAAACAUUCAAAACUUAAAGGCAACUGAAGUGUCAUGUCACAUCCUUCCAGAACGUGCACCAUGCUACAACCUUACACAAAGAACUUUACUAUGGUAUUUUAUAGCUUCAGAGCCUUAAAGAUUUAUCACUUCUGUCCAGAGUGAGAGAAGUCAAGGAGCUGGUGUGUGUUCAUGCUGAUCUCAAGCUCAUAUGCACCUUAUGCUUGUACUACUGCUGCUCUGACAGCAUGUCAUGGCUUAUUUAUACCCGCUAUAUGGAUCAUGACAUCAUUUUUGCCAUUAAAGAAUUGAAUGGUAAAAAUGGCUCCUGAAUUGAAGUUAUCCUACAUAAAUAAAGUGGUAAACAAAGCUCA